AAGUUUUAUCCGCACCGGCGACCAAGCCACGUACCUUUAGUGCCAUGUCAGUGUUAAGGCGGGGGUUGUGUCUGGAGUACCCGAAACACACUGUUAGGCGAGACGCUCUUGCAGGUCACAGACUACUCCGUGCCUUAGGUAGAUUGAGGGGCCCUAACAAUAGCAGAGGCCGAGACACUGCCUCUUGUUGGCGAUGACUACUUACGACGUACUCGGUUACACCAAAAAGCGAUGACUACGAAUACAUCAUUUCCCGCUAGAUCCUUGAUCCGAUCGACAAUACGGAGUACACUCCCCCAGUCCGAGUAAAGUCACACUCUCGUUAGUGGCUUACCUCACCACAGCCCACUCCUACUUCCGACCAUCCCUCAGUCAUCAUUCCCUGUUCUGCCGCAUCUUCCGGGGCCUGAUCGUCAGGUCAUUGCUGGGCGGACUCGCGGAAUCUUGGGAUUUCAUCCUUGUUCCGUGGGUACGUUCGUCACAUUCUCAAAUCCUUUCCCCGGUUAUUCAUUGCUGCGCGCAAGACGAAAGAUAUAACAUUCUUGGAUUUGCCUCCCUCCAUUAUUGACUUCUUCCAACCAGACCACCAAAAAGUCUCUCACAUACCAUACCAUUGGUUGCUCGUCGACACAUACACACACACUCGUAUACAUGAUCUAUCGGUCUUCGACGACCAAUACUCACAACGACAUGCUCACCUCCAAAAACAACCCCGCCAUCACCGCCUACCGAGUCUACCACCUCGGUCAAUCCAAACUAGACAAUGAAUGCCGUCGACAAACACCCGACCUUCACAGGAUAGUAGCACAUGCUUCGAUCGUCGACAGUGUACGACGCUGGUCUCGUGACCUCGCCGAACCGUCCGAGACUGUUCUUGUCGACUCGAGCUCUGAGGACGAAGACUCGGAUCCAUUCGAAGACUGCUACGAAGAAGAAGACAACGAAUACACGGCCCAGGGUGGCGACGUUGCCAUCUUUGACUGUGACAUUGGGGACGAAGAUGCCCAUGUCAUCGACGCUACACAACAGGACCUGAAAGCCUUCGGCCUCGACACGACGACGUCCCAAACAACGACUGCUCCAGCCAGCCCCAAGAGAAGACCACCACCGCCACCGUCGACAAAAUACGAACUCCAAGAUCAAAGUUUUGUCUCCAAACAAAACCGACCCGUCAUGAUUAGAGAGACGGCCGUGGAGGUGGAUGAAGAUGAUUGAAUUUGAUUGAUUGUUUUUUUUUGUCGAGCGAUCAACCGACCAACCUUGCACUUUUUCCUUACAUGAUUGAUACCCACGAAACUUACGAAUGAUUUACGACGAAGAUGGAACGUUGAGCAUCCGACACAUGAUCGUCGGGGCACGAUAGCUCCGUCCAUCCAUCCUCCCCCCCAACCGCCAAACCAAAUAUACCUCAACCGAAAAGCAAUCACCACCAUCCUUUCCACUGCCAGCAACAGUAGUCGUGGCUAUAUCGAAGCCAGCCUGGGGAAUGGCAGUGUUGGAUGAUGAUGACACGGGUUGUGAUCGAGUUUGAGAAGGUUGGUUCGUGCCCCGUAUCGGGGCGUGAUACCUCCCCCACCCGAUCCUCCCCCCUCUUCCAUAUGGAUCUCAGCUUCAGACGGGAUUUCCAAGUGAAUCCGCGAGCUGCGACAUGAAAGAGGGAUGGGUUCAUCAUUACUCGUACGUCACGAGUAGUACAAAGAUUGGACCUUUCGAGUUUCAAUGCCGGCGAUUUGCUCUGGUCGGGGGACAGGGCACAGAUCAGUGAUGUACAGCAGGACGUGUAUACUCAUAUGCAGAAAUGAUAGUUCCAGAAUCAUGAGUAUUGUAACAACUG